AUGCCUCUCGUCGAGUCCACUUCUGAGGCUCAGGACGAGAUAUCCCCAUGGACUCCUCAGUCCGAACUCGACCAACAGGCCGCGCAGGGUAGCACAAUGAAUCCGCCCAAAGAUCUGACUGAGGAGCCGGACGAUGAUGCUGAUGGUGAUGUCGGCGCCGCGAGCGAUUCGGCGUCAGGAGAGGGAGAGUCCCGCGAGUCCCGGGCAGCUACCGACGACAAACCGUACGCUCUCGCUGCAACACCGGAGAGGGAGGACGGAGUCGAGCAAGCUCAAAGGGAGCAAGUCUCUGAGAGCGAGAACGAAGACGAUGAGGGAAAGAUGCCGGAGCACCACAAAUACCAAGCGCCGGCGAAUAGUGUCGAGGGCUCUAAGGACGAGGAAGAGGUGACGUUACAGGUGGCCACCGAAAAGGCAGCGCCGCCGUCGGACAACGACGACCACGCAGUAGGGGGGAGUUCGAGCACCAUAGAACUCGGCAAGACUUCCGGAACGUUUGUCCGCGACCCAGAGUUCUUCAGAGAUGAUGGGAACUGCGUCGUAUGUGUCGGUAACACGUUGUUCAAGAUCCAUCGAGGGUACUUGGCUCCCCCACAAGCGGACAACAUCUUGACAUGUUUGGAGGAGGCGGAGGGCGUGGCAACUCUGGAGAACCCAGUGCACUUGGAACAUGUCCACAUCAGCCAGUUACGAGCCUUUCUGGCAUUAGCCUACACGGACCGGAAAGAGCUCUGUUCGCUGGAGAACAUCGACGUGCUCCAACUCAUUGACGCGGCCAUGUUUGCCAGUUCCUUCGGACUCGACAUCUUCUGCCAGUGGAGCAAGGGUGCCUUGUUCGAGCUGAUUGAGAGUCGUAAGAUCCUGGCGUCCUGCGCCUCGGAAGUGUAUCUGGCUCUCAUACUCUUGCACCGCCGACUGCCUCUCCCCAUCGUAGACAUCGAGACCAAGAUCACCACGACCUGGUUGGGACGCCUCGAAACACGCGAGCUGAUCAACGUGGAGGCGAUGGAGACCGGCGAAUUUCUGCACAUGAACAAGUUCCUUGGGAGGGUCUACUACGAGACGCUAAUCCAGGUGGACCACGACGCCACGCAACAAACGGAACUCCAAGGUCUUGGUCCGCUGAAGUCCAUCUGCGAGGAAUUCGAUCCCGAGCACGAGUUACCCGAACCACACCGGACGCGGCUACUCGUGGGAUCGCGCUCGCUGUGCAUGGCAUGGUAUCGCAUCAUGAGCAAGGUGCCCCAGCUGCCGCCUCCAUACUGCGGCUCGGUGCCCCUCUCAGAAGACGACCCGGAUCUGCACAAGGUGGCGGAGAAAUGUGACUGCCCCGAAGCGUGGAAGGCGCGCUGGAAGUGGGCGGUGAAGGAGACGGUGCGCGAAACGGGGAUGGGAGUCGACGUCCUCACUCGCAUUCGGAUCUUCAAGCGCCAUCUGGUCAAGUGGUUUUCGGAGCCGACGGGGGGACCGGGUACCCUGGAUGAGCAGAGACGCGUCAACAGAACGCAGUGCAGCACUGCGUUGCGUGCGGCAGAUGGAAUCGUGCAAGAGAUUGAGGAUCAAUUCCUGGAUGGAUUAGAGCUGCAUUUCAGAUUAGGGAGCGGCACGGGAUGGCAGGAGAGGGAGAGCGAACAGGAGCAGAGUGCGCUGGAAUGACAUUUUGGGCCUUACGCAUUGGCCUGCCGGCCACACAGACUCAGGUAGCUAUUGAGAUAGGGCCAUCACAGAAAAGAAGGUGAAUAUGCAUAAAUGUGACACAAUCUUGGGGGGGGGGGGCAGAGCCUUCAAUAGAGCAGAAGUGGACUGAGAAUGAGGCUGGAUGACAAUCGUCGUGACACCCUAUGUGAUGGGGACGAGAAAACUGCAGAUGAUGUCAGAUAGUUAGUUCGCUUGGUCAUCAGUCUCACCGACACUCACGCUCCCAGAUCCUUUUGACCGGCGCGACCGGUUACAUCGGCGGCACGGUUCUCGCGCGGUUUCUGGCUGACCCCAACGCACAUUCACGCUUCGCUUUUACGACCAUCAUCCGCGACCCAAAGAAGGCAGAAACCCUCAAGAGUUUCGGUGUCACGCCUAUAGUCGGCAGCCACUCCGACCCCCGGCUGGUUGAGCAGUUGGCAAGUGAGGCGGAUGUGGUUAUCGCAGCAGCGGAUUGCGAUGAUCUUGUCGCUGCGACCGCCACCCUGGCUGGUCUGAAGAAGCGGUUUGAAGCCAGAGGUAAAGCACCUAUCUUCAUCAACACCUCCGGCACUGGCCAGCUAUGCGACACUGCAGCAGGCAUGCACGCCAAUGCGCCCAUCUACGACGACUCGGACACGGCGCAGAUGUCCGCCAUACCUCCCAUCGCACCUCACCGGCACGUCGACAACGCGAUUCUCGCAGCCGACGCGUCCGGAUUCGUCCGCACGUACAUCAUUCUACCGUCCACGGUCUGGGGCAUUGCACACACGCCGUUCACGGAGGAGGGGCUGCAAAACCCCCACUCGCAGCAGAUACCACGGCAAAUCAUGAUUGGGAUGUUACGCAAAAGGGCGGGUGUCGUAGGAGCUGGGAAGAACGUGUGGCCCAACGUUGAGGUGCAUGAGUUGAGCGAACUGUACUAUACGCUCUACAACAAGAUUAUGUCUGGCGAGAAUGUUGGGCACGGCUACAACGGCUUUUUCUUCGGAGCGAACGGGGAAUACUCUUUACUUGCUCUCAACCGAGAGAUCGGGAAGGCACUCGUCGCGUCUGGUCGCGCAAAGAAGCCCGAGCCUACCACAUUCACUCAAGAAGAGCUCGAUAAGUUCUUCAAUGGCUCGACUUCAGCAGGGUCAAACUCGCGCUGCAGAGCGACUCAUUCGCUGAGAAUAGGCUGGGCACCUUCCAAGAGUACGCUGGAAAUGUUCGCUAGCAUUCCUGAGGAAAUGGAGACGCUGAGCAAGGCGGGGCUUGCGUGAAAACGAGCCCGGCUAAGCCGCAUGUUCGUUACUGGUGUGUAAGCUGAGCAUUUAGGGGCCGGAGUCGCGAUGCGUCAUGGAUUCCACCAGAUUCCGAGUCACUGGGGCCGCAGGGCAGCUAACCUCUAGUUGUGCGGAAAGGGAUCUUCUGAGCCGGCAUGCGGACCAGCUGCUGUGGAUGAGCUGAAGUGGGUUCAGAGAACGCACUGGCGUUGAGUUCGGCAGAUGGCAUGGGCGGGGAGAUUGAGGAUCAAUCUCUGCAUGGAUUGGAUUGGCCUUUCAGAUUAGACAGGGAGAUGGAAGAGAUGGAGACUGGGAUCGAACAGGAGGGGCAACUAAUUCAGAACGGCAUUCGACGAGAAUGGUCCCUCGAGCCGCACUGAUGUUCACAAGGCCAGCAGCAGACUGAGUACAAGAGACUCCGUUCUUGAAAGAAUCAGUGGCUUCAUUCAAACAGAAAUGGGUGGGAACUAGCGUCGACGAUCAUAGUCGGGUGAUGAUUCAUUACCUGUCAAAGACACGAGUCGAGGGAAAUUGAUGCAGGACAUACGCUUGCUUACCGUUACUUAUCACCAACCCCAAGGUCAUAGUCGAUUGACAUACCUCUCCGUUUGAAGUUCACGGAGAUUCUCUCGACCAGCACGCAAGUUGAAUUCGUGGCAAGGUGCUCGCUCAGCUCCUCAGGCAGUCCCCGUCCUCCCUCCCCAUCGUGCACCGCUGUCUUCCUCGUCGUCGGCGAGCCGAAGCAGAUAGAACAGCUCGUCAUCACGCCUGUUGUUGGGCACUGCUCCCAAAGCCCUGAUAGUGAUUAGUCGCCGUAUGAGACGACUGUGUCUUCUUUGCGGCAUGGGCCUUCAAGACGUCCAGUGGGGUUUCGCUCAUCGCGGAGACCGACAGACUGCGAUGACUUGGCAGCAGUGCCCGCAACCCUGGCCACGCUGAAGAGGUGGUCAAAUGUUACUAGCAGAGCGAUCAUCUUCAUCGUCAAGGUGCGUCUUUUGUCCCUCAUGCAGUGCGGUCUCUCAGCGAACGGUGUUCUCGCCCCCAGUCCAGCGCUGGCUGAUUUGGCUAUGCAUGCCGAUAUCCUCUUCUGCGGCUCCUCGAACUGGACUGAGGUACCUAUUGCUCCCACCGCAGCGCACGAGCGCUCUUGAGCACCGCCAAUCUUGCGGUGGACGGGUCCAGGAUCGGUGCGCAUGCACACCGUUCUCGUCUCCAGUCGGGGGCAUGGCUUGCGCGUCAUUCGUAGGGGUUACCACCUUCAGCUCGCAGCAGAUAUCCGCGCUUUGUCGAUAGCAGUUUGCCCUGCAGCUUUUGCGCUGACCGCGCGAAGUGGUCUCCCCUCUGUCAAACUUGGGCUCCGAACUGGUUGCUGGGAUGGGACCUGAGAAAAUCGUGUCUCGUAGUUUCUGAUAUAGGUUGCCGUGAAGCCCCACCACGCAGGCUGGCCACUCCUUGAGGGCUGAACAACCCUUGGAUCCUGAGGUCAGUCAUGCAGACGAGAUUUCGCUCCAAUGGGUUUUAGAGGGUAAAUCUCCUACCUUUUUCAUUCGCGAUUUUCGAGGUAUUGGCCACUAGCUUCGUUGACAGCGCUUGGAAUAAUAAUACGUACAGUAAGUUCGGCUGACACAUAAUCAUGUAUACUCUUAUCAUCGGUGUCAUGACACGUACGUAAGCAGUAAGAUACCAAAAAAUCAGGCGCAUGCUUCCCACUACUGGGCUUCCACGCCCUCGCUGGCAAAGACCACUUUCCGGGCUCCAUUCCCCGUUUUUGUCGGCGCUUGUGGGAACAGGGAACCCCUUGGACUCUUCUCCACAGUGUACGUUGAUUCUGCUACUGGUCGAUAAAUUUGAAAUCUACGCACCACGUCGAUCCGAUCAAUCGAUGCAGAACAUGGCAGCAGGGAGCAGAACAGUGCAUCGCAUCGGAAAGUAUGAUUGGAGCCUGUCGGUGAAAAGACGAUCCUUCCGGUCACAAGACUGAUGAUUCAGCAGACAUCCACUCACUCUUUGUCUUGUAAAUCGAUGGGAACCGGCAAAAUUUCUGGGUGGUUGGAUAGAAUCUAUCGGUCUUACAAGAGAUGUUGACAACAUGCUGGAGCUCAAUCUUGAAAUCCGUUCACUGCCGAGUACGAGCUAUUUACAGAAUCAAACUCUUACUCACGCAUGCCAAGGAAACGCCAAGGUUUCACAGCUUCAUAACCCAAGGUCCGCUCGCUUUUUUCCAAUGACCGUCAUUGGACCCGGAUCUCUCCGUCGAUUACGGCAAUUGUUCACUCACGGCGACUGACGUUCUAUGGCUUUUUUCAUCUUAUCAGUUCGUGACGUGUUGAAAAUGAUAUUCGCGCGAGAAUACCCGGAGGACCAGUCCUCUGAGCCCCCGACGACGGGGUGCUUCAGCUGCGAGAUUCCGUAAUUCGCGGAGUGUGUAGAGUCCAUGUGCCACGCUGACAGCUUCGUUGUCAGUCCUAAAGCGUCGAUUCAGUAAUGCUACCACUGGCAACUCCGCGAGAUCGGCGAUUCUCCAAAUGAGCAAAUGCGAAUAGAGUCCUGAUUGGCUCGGGGGUAAUGAGAGAGCUGAUCUGCUUCAUUGAACGGAAUGUAUAUAACGGGCGAUAGAUGCAAAUCCUGGAGAACAGACAUUCGCAAACCAUGGGGGGGUUCAGUUACGCGUUCUGGUUCCAAGAGCAUCAUAAUCAAGAAGAAAACGAAGACUGGAGUCAUAGCCCUGCGGUUGACACUCCUUGCACCCCGCUCACACUUUCAUCAUUUUCCUCUCUUCAAUCAAGCCAGAUUCCCUCAUCAUCGCUAUUGAAUCCAUUCGAGGCUUCUCCGUUCUGUGUGGAGGAAUCGGAAUGGGCACCCCCUUCAACCCCUGCUCUGACCCUGCCAGAGCUCUCUCCUGAGAUGCUGCCGUCACCAGAGGAACUCCCAGCGCGGCGAUGCUCACACUGCGGGACGAUGACAACGUCAAUAUGGGUGCAAAAUGUCGCAACCUCUUUUCCUCUGUGCCGUGCAUGCGGACUAUAUCUGCCCGAACACGACCAACAUCGUCCGCAGCGUAUCGCUGAGCAUGGGAUGGCCAAACUGCAACAAAAGGAAAUCCCGCGAGAUGCUUCAUCUCCAGAGUUCGAGAGACCAUGCUUCCAUUGUGGCACAUGGAGGUCGAGCGCUCAGCAUGCAGAUCUGGAGGGAGUGAUAGUGUGCAGCGCGUGUGGGAUGUAUCAGCGAUUGCGUGAGCGGGAGAGGCUGUCCGAGUUCAGGAGUGAUCUUCCUGGGCCGAUGAGCGGAGAUGGUGACCAGUGGGGUGGGUAUAUCCUGUCACCCCAGCACCAUAUGCUUCAAUGAUGACUGUCUCUUGUCAUACGUGCAUGUAGUGAGACUUGAGACUGCUUAGGCCAUCCCCUCAGUUGCUUAACCCGGUCCAUGCGAGCGCGCAAAGAUCUCAGCGCGACGGAUUGGCGAUACAGCCAUGCUCCUCCGGCGCAAUCACUCGGACAUGAAUUAGAAAUAACCCGGAUAUGAAUACUUCUCAAUUUGGGAUAAAGCAAUCUUAGCGCAGAAACUCGCCUCGUGGUCUCUGUCCUUGCUUCUGCGAGCGUUUGCAAUACCUUACUGCUGUACUGUAGAUAUUUUCUCAGAUGUUGAUCCGAAAUAAACAGCGA